ACCCAAGGUCGUGGGUUCGAGUGCCCUGAGUAAUCAUGUUUUAAUUAACUUCGCCUUUAUUAACACCAAAGGUCGUCGGUUCGACUCCCACCAAUGGUCCUGGAUUCAAGUGCCUUAAUGAACUCUAUAUUAAUUACCUGCGUAUUAAUUAAUUCCGUCUUAAUUACCACCAAAGGUCGCGGGUUCGACUCCCACCGAUGGAGUCGGACGCGCGGGCCAGAUGUCCGUCACUGCUCACCGCAGUGGCGGCAGCAGCCACAGGUGAGAAGAGGCCUCUCCUCCGAAUCCCACCGCAGGAGGAGCAGCGGCGAAGCUAGCGGGAGCCCAGUUGCCAAGAUCAUCCGCGGGGCGUCGCCCGCGUCGCUUAUUUGAGCCCCUCGCAUCGCGGCAUCGGCGCAAAGACCGCGCUGACUGCGAAGCAGCCCCCCAUCGGGUCCGGCGGCGUUCACGUGGCUCCCCGCCAGCGAGCGGCCGUGCAACUUGUGCUCCCCCCUUCUCCCGUGUGUGCGCGCAUGGACUGCGCCCCGACCGAGCGCCACUCCGUGCGAGACCAUGCGGCCGGCGCUUCUGCUUCCCCUGCUGCUGGCAACCACCGCUGCGCUCGUCGCCGGAUUUUCCAAUCCGAAUUUAAGAGGACACUCCCCCUCCUGUGCGCUGAUCCUCGCUUCAUGGCUCUCUCUCACCGUUUCCACUCUCUUGAAGCCAGGAGAUUCGAUCAAGUGCGGCAACGAGGGCCAAAUCACGUACGUCCCUGGCAUCUCGACAAAGUGUAUCACCUGUAAGUGCCAGAAUAGCGUGGUCCAGUGUGGACGCGAGACCUGCCCCCUGCCAAGAGGCUGCUACUUCCUGCAGGAGUCCAAGGGAAACAAGUGCUGCGACGUCUGCAAAGGCUGCGUCUACAAAGGCCGAGUCUAUGCCAGCUCGGAGGAAUGGACUGAUCCCCAAGAUCCGUGUCGCCGAUUCUUCUGUCAGUCCGGUGUCAUAACCGAGUCAAGAAUCUACUGCCAUGUGAAUUGCAAAAAUCCUAGGAAUCCACCGGAAGGACAAUGUUGCCCUUACUGCGAAGGUUGCGUGGUGAACGGCAGGCAGUACGCCGAAGGAGACACCGUGCCCUCGGACGAACGGGACCCCUGCGUCGUCUGCCGCUGCAAGGAUGGGCGCGUGACGUGCACUAAGAAGUCGUGCCCGGUGCUGCCGUGCCCGCCAAGCCGAAUCGCCCAGACACCAGGCACAUGUUGCCCCGAGUGCCGCAGCGGCAAGAGGCUCGCCGACUUGAACGGACAGUGCAGCAUGAGGGGUGACGUCUACGACAACGAGGCAACAUGGCCGUACGACCAGUGUACGAACUGCCAAUGUCAGAAUGGGACAAUCAUCUGCCAGCGGACUGUCUGCCCUCCGCUACAGUGUCCUCCGGAACAUCAGGAGGCCAGCCCCGACAGCUGCUGCUCGCAGUGCCGCAGGCCCGAGGAGAAGAAAGCCAUGUGCUUCUACAAUAACCAGAAACGAUACAACGGUGAGACGUGGAAGCUGAAGAAGUGCACCACCUGCUCCUGCCAUCACGGCGUGGUCCGCUGCGGCGUGGAGGAGUGCAUCUCCGCGCCCGUAUGCCCCCCGAAGAAGAAGCUUGUCACGCCUCCCGGCAAAUGCUGUCCGACAUGCGUCGAAGAGGACGGAAUUUGCACGGUGUACGGGGACCCGCAUUACAGGACGUUUGAUGGAAGGAUGUUUAACUACCAGGGGCCAUGUCGAUACGUGCUCGCGUCAGACUGCGUUGGCGGCACAUUUUCCAUUGAAGUGUGGAAUGACGUCCGUUACUCCAAGUCGUUCUCGUGGACCAAAUCUGUCGUCAUCAAGAUUAAGGACGUCAAAGUGAAGCUGGGACAAUUUAUGCGAGUCCGGAUACAGAAAGAGCGUGUCAAGCUUCCGUACGUGAUGCUCCAGGUCCUCAACAUCAAUCAAGAAGAUCACAACAUUGUGGUCAGAAUAAACAAAGGCGUCAAGGUGGUCUGGGACGGCGACAACUACGUGGAAGUGUCCGUGCCGCCAAACUACAAGAACAAGCUGUGCGGUUUGUGCGGCAACUACAACGACAGGCAAGACGACGACUUCAUGUCCAGGAACGGCACGCGCCUCACGGAGGCCGACGCUUUCGGCAACUCUUGGCUGGUUGGCCGUCGGAAAAAGUGCUUCCGACAAUCAAAGCGCGCCAGCCAUCCCUUGGACUGCAGGCUCAAAGACUGGAACCUACGACAGCAAAACCUCAGGCUCUGUAAUCACAUCAAGCAGGAGCCAUUUAAGGCGUGUCACAAGGUCGUCGAAGCAACACCGUACUUCAGAUCCUGUAUGUUGGACAUGUGCGAGUGCCUCCCAUCAGACAAGUGUUACUGUGACUCGCUCAAUGCCUAUGCGCGGGAAUGCAGCAGGGCCGGGAUCAAGAUAGACUGGAAGAACACCACAAACUGCGAAGGAAUGCACUGCCCCAGAGGCUCGGACUAUACGCCAUGUGGGCCCCCAUGCCGGCGGACAUGCAAGAACCACCAUCUGGAGCGGCCCUGCCGACGGAAGUGUCAGCCUGGGUGUCAGUGCAAUCCAGGCCUCGUCUGGCACAGAGAUCGCUGCGUUCCACCCAGCGAGUGCCCUGUGGCCUCGUGAUGGGCCAGUUUCCUGGCCAGCAAACCUCCCCCCCCCCUCACCCCACUCCAACUCUGCCCCCGCCGAGGCCUGUGCACCGCCCCAAGCCAUGACUGCAAGCUAGAUCCAAUCACAGGCUGUGCGAAUACAUACCCUGCUUAUGGCUUUGACUUGAAAUGCAAGUUGACGCAUUAAUGGGAUGCAAGAGUAGUGCAGGUGCCAGUGUUCUUGGAUAGAACGCUGCCCCACAGCUGGCAAUUUGUAAGGCAUGCAAUGAGAGCCCCGUUUAUUGUCUUGAUAUUGGCAGCACAGUGUACUCCUUGGUUGCAGAAUAUGCUGCAUAAACGAGCAACAUUCCACCGACACUAUUCAUCCGAUGUGCUCGCGAUGUUUCCUUCAAGUUAACCCCACCAAAAAUUAGGUGAACAUUACCUUGUUUAGAGAUUUUUAACAGCAUCAACAAAAGUUUAAAUUUUCCUAGCAAUACCUCAAAGACAACAAAACAGCAUUAAAGAAAAAUAAGUGCAGUAAACUAAGUUGUGUGUCUAUUUAUAUCUAAUUUCCAAGCAUUCAUGGUAGUCAAGUAAUUCAUGUUCCACCAACCAAUCUGCGCAAUGUGGUUUAGAGAGGAAGGGGGAAUGCUGUGUGGCGUGGCUGCUGUUGGUCAUACAACUUAGUGGCAUGUUCAAGCCUCGGUGGGGCAGUCAUAGUCUGUUGUUUGGUUCCUAUCAUUUCAACAAAGGUGCGUCCAGGUCCAAUGCGAAAACAUCAGGUCUGACCGCAUUCAGACAUUGGCAUCAGCAUUCUGGUCCAAUUGACUCGGAGCAGCUUAGCUUGUUAUUCACGUUCCGAGCCUGUUGAUAUUUAUGUCUGUCAAAAGCUGUGUACUUGCACUGUUCUAUGUGCUAUUUGUUCUUAUUGUACCUCAUCAAAUGUCAUGUGUGUUUGUGGUUGGCUAGUAGCUGUAAGCAUAUGUACUAAGAUUUAAGCUACCAUACGUCAUUUGUUUCAUACUUGCACAAUCAGUUUCUAUAACCAUUAUGCUUGUGGCAUUUGUUCAGUCUUGCAUAAGUUCCAAAACAAAAGCUGUAAAUAUAUGCAAGGCGAAAAAUCAACAAAUUCUAAGACCAUGUUUCAUUCUAUGAGCGCUGUGUUCUCACUCUGCUUUAUGUCUCUCUGAACCUUCGUGGUCCGCUCACACAUAUGAGAGAUCUGAGCUAGUAUCCACAAGAUAUUAUUUUGUAUUCACCAUUCCUGUUUUAUUAUGCACCUAGGUGAUGCUAGUGAAUGUAUUGUUUAAGCUUCAGUACAAGAAAAUAUUUAUUACAUUUAUCAUAUUAAAUGCUUACAGCUGAAAAUAUUCAUGUGAAUUUGCAUCAUGUCAGUUAACAUCAUGAUUUUCAUUUACAGAAGGAAUUAGCAAAAAAGUGUCUUUAGUGCCAGCUAAAUUGUCAGUAUUGAAAAGUCUGAAAAAUUUAUUGUAUGCUUCCUUUCGCACAUUUUAACAUGAUCCAUGUGUGCAGGGCAUGGUAUUUUAGCUAAUUACUAUGGCAGCUGUUAUAUAUAUUGCUGAUUUGGUGAUGAAGUAUUGUUAAUUUGUAUUAGCCUACACCAAGUGACAACAGAGCUUUGGGUGCUGUAAAAAUGAUACGACACUGUCUCUUUAGCAUUAGCUGCAGUGCUGUGCUAACUUCGUAAUGUCAAUGAGUUCACACACCUCAGUUGUUUCAUUGUUUUGUACAGUUAGUUUUGCGUGCUACUUUUGCAGCAUCUCAUAUGGUGUCCUUAAAGCUUUCUUCAGUUGAAAAUUGUAAAACAUCUGCAGCUGCCUAACUGUGUUUUAACAGUUAUAUAUGUCAUUAUCUCAGUCCUUUCUAUACGCAUUCAGUCAUCAUACUCAUUGCUUCCAAUUGCCAGUAUGAAAUGCUUUUUUUUAAUUAUUAUUAUCAUCAUUUGCAUUCAUUAAAAUACAGAAACCUCAGACAUUGCAUGAGCUAAUAAAGUUUAAAGCUCUCUACAUUAUAAUGUGAUGACUUCAGCCCAUUACAAAACCAGCUGUCACAAUGUGGGUUAAAUCAGAGAUACUGAAACAUAAAAAAGAACUCCUUUUAAUACUACGAGCAUAAACACACCAUUAUUUUUUAUGUAGAUUUUGAGGCUUGCCAAUGACAGUGGGCUGAAAAAUGCGGACAGAAAUGCAUUUCAGUCGGGCAUACUUAGGCUACGUGAGAUUGAAAUGCUCUAUUUAAAAACAUAGCCCGUACAAAAUUGAACAAAUGUUUAAAUUGGAAAAACUUUUUCUACUUGUCUAGGAAAUGGUCAUACAAAUUGCUACCAUACAAACAAGGAUGUUCCUCCAAUAUAUAUCCUCCAAAGUGAAGCGCAGGGUCAUACAGUGCAACUUUUCGCCUUUGAGUGACAGUGCCACCGCAAGGUGGAAGUGAUAGGCAUCAAGGUUUCUUUUUGUGCUCCCAUUGGCACCAUCCACCUCAGGACAAGUCUUUCCACGUGGUUUAGUCACUUGAAGCAUCUUAAUGCCACCUACAAUGCAGCCUCCUAUAGAUGGCAAUGAUUAAUUCAAGGUUAUCAAACAGAACUUUUCGUUUGAUUUCUCAAUUCUUUGAAAUAUUCUUUUUAUGGAGAAUUACUCUUCGCAACAUAUUUACCUGACUUUUAUUAUUAUUUUUGUAAUCUAGAGAAGUGUCAUCUUGUUUUCUUGAGGAAAAGAAUCAAAGUAUAAAAUUCAAGCCAACCCAUACAAGAAAGAAGUUGUAUACUUAGCAAAAGGAAGUAUGUGUAGGUCUGACGGGUUUGAAGAAACAAAAAAUCGCAAUAAGCCAACUAAUUUUGGUGCCACAGCUUCAGUGUUGAGGAAUUUGAUCUUGCAAUAUUUCUUGUUAACCAAGAGGGCAACAUACACGCUGGUUUUCGUACGUGCUUAAACUAGGGUGCCCCCGAUCUUUGCCUCAUGGGUACUCUUACCUUUGCUGUUGUGACACUUCAGUAUUAUAACAGAUUGUAUUUGUUGUCUACUAAGAAAAGUUUAUGCUGCAUGUUGUGGUUAUACAGCAGACUCAUUGCUUUUAAAUGCAUGCUGUGGUCCAGUUUUGGUGUCCUUCAAUAUCUUACCCUUGACUCUUCUUUUCGACCAGUUUGAGUUGACAAGCAUUAGUCCUGUUUUUAUGUGUACUGUUGUGUCAAGCACGAAUGUUGUUGUGGCCGUAUAAUUUAUUUAGGUUCUCUAGCACCAUCUUUAUGUGUAUGUGUGUGCUUUGAUCACAGUUCAUUUUUAUUCAGUGGAAAAACUUUUCAGUUAUAUCCAUUCAAGCGAUUACAUUUGUUUUGCAUUUCUUGCCUGCCAAGUGAAAGCAUCAUCCCUACUUUCAAAUGCAUCAACUUUGGUACCAAUGUCUGCAGUGGCAUUAUAAAACCCAUUUAUGAGGUAGUGAUGAGUUGCAUUCAUUUGCAGAAAGAGAGUUGAGAAAAUUACUACAUAAGUUUGCCCUGUGAUAAUAUGCAUUGUACUUAAUGUUCAAUCAUUUAACUUAUUUCACACACAUUUGUGCAUUUCGUAAAAAUCUUAAAGGUGUCAUACAAGCUGUUUUACACUGAACAACAGGUAAACUUGGCAUUUUUCACAUGGUUCUAAAAUAUGAGAUGUGUUCAACUUGUUUGGCAUCAAUACGAGUUUGUUUUAUGGAGUGUGACUCAUGAAUUCAACAACAGUUUAAUGUAUAAAUCUGGCCAUGUUUAGGAGGAAAGUGAUCAGUAGCUUUGAACAAUGUAAACUUGUAAACUGUGUUAUUACACUGGACCAAUUGGCAUCGUGUACGAUUGAUUGCACAAUCCUGUUGUGACAGUAUAGUGUUCCUCACCAUCUAAAUGUGCACCACUAGUGUAGAAAAUCUGUCUUUCCGCUUCAUGCUUCUAUAAUAAAUGCUUGCACAGUGUUAGUGCCACUUAUAUGUACAUAAUAGUUGAUAUAAAGAAUGUUGUGGUUUCA